AUGCCACCCACAAUCCCCGCCUCCACCAUCGGCGCCCCCUCCUUCGACCCCUCCACCCUCCUCGACCCCUCCAACCCCCUCCUCCCCACCGCCCUCUCCCACCUCCAACCCCCACACAACGACCUCCGCCUCGCCCUCCUCACCCUCUUCUCCCUCCCCGCCUCCGCCGGCGACACGUACACCUACCACGCCACCGCCUCCGUGACCCUCCCGCAAGUCCAAUCCGCCGUCGCCGCCGGCCCCGCCCACGGCCUGCUCGACUGGUACGUCGACGCCUCCGGCCACGCGCGCGGCCAGCACCCCCCUCCCGCGGACGUCGCCGCGUACGUGGGUCUCUUUGACGCGACCAAGGCGCCCGCGGCCGCGCUGAAGGGGUUCGCCGCCAAUGCCAAGCGCGGGAGUCUGAGGGAGGGCGUGGCGAAGUGGCUGACGACGCGGCGCUUCGUGGCCGUGGGGGUGCCGGCGGUGGCGAAGCUGAAGGCCGACGGGAAUGGCAAGUGGUAUGUGAACCCGUACGCGGAGUUUCUGGCGUGGGCGUGCGGCGCGCUGCAGUGGUGUGGGCCGGACGCGAAUGCGGGGCUGGUGCGUGUGAGUCACCAUGUGCUGCCGCUGUUCAUGCAUCAUUUCGGGUGCGUGUGUCCGAAUUGGGAGGCGUUGAGCUUGAUAGCGUGGUUUGCGAGGCCGGGGGCGAAGGGGAGGCCGAAGAAAAGGGUUCUGGAUGUGGGGAGCGGGAAUGGGUAUUGGACGGCGAUGUUGAGGAUGGAGCCGUGGGGCUUGGACGUCACGCCGGUGGAUAACAUGCAGAGUCGUUGGCGGACCGUGUGGGUUGGGGACACGCUCGUCGUGGAUGCGGUCAAGUGGUUGCAGAAGCGGGAGGUGGCGCUACAGCGCGAAGAGGUGCUGUUGUUGGUCUAUCCUGUCACGCAAGGCGGUUUCACCGAGGGGGUCAUCGAUGCCUUCAAGGGUGAUGUCGUGGUCGUGGCGGGCACGCAGAAUGGGAGUGGCUACACAGGUUUCCAGGGCGAGUGUGUGGACACGUGGUUUAAGAAGCGCGGUGGGUGGGAUCUGUGCGUCAGGGUGCCGCUGAUGAGUUUUCCGGGGAAGGACGAUGCGUUGUUCAUUUUUCGACGAAAGGAUGCCGCCGCUUAG